CAGUGUGAGUCUCUGGUUUCGGGGGGCUGAGUGCAACAGACUCCAGCAUGGACAACAGACACAACAUUUAAAGGCAGGAGAAGAAUCUACUAGAAAAUCCAGUGAAAUUCUGCCCAUGUACUUAUAACGAGAAAAAUGGAGAAGGAUUUCUCAACAACACCCACGCCUGUGAAAACCCAGGAGUCUUGCUCCGUCAUGGAUGAACCUCCUCUCUCCUCUCCCAUGCCGAUCCGUCCCUCCCAUGUCUCCAGUAACCUCUCCGCUUCACCCUCUCAGUCAACCAAACCUCCACCCUCCACAGAAACAGUGACAGACCCCACAGAAUACCCUCACAAUGCUUCACAAUCUGCUCACACCAUGCGUAAACCAACAGCCUACCCUCCCACUGUGGAUGAAUCGAAGCAGUGCGUAUCUGCUGCUGUGUCCUCGAGACCUGUUUCUACCAAAGAGUCCUCUCCUACAUCAAACGAAACUCAGACGAAGCUCACCUCUGCCUCUGCUGCCACAGCCAGCGACAGUGUGACAGAUUCCCCUGCUGCUUCUUCCAGUGCUCCUGUAAAACGCACCUUCGUGUCCAUGGCCAAGCGGGUGAUCAUUCAGGAAAGACUCAGAAAGGCAGAGGAAGUGGACUCCAACGAUGAAGAAGAUGAUGAAGAACCAGAGGAGGAACUGUCCUUGGAGCAGAUGGUGGAGAAAGCUAAAGCUGGUGAUGCCAGAGCUCAGACACGGCUGGGUCAACACUACCUGAUUCUUGCUGAAGAGAAAGACCCCGAGCAAAAUAACCUUCUGGCUGUUAACUGGCUGUUAAAAGGAGCAAAACAGGGCAGAAAACGUGCAGCACGAUUACUGCAGCGCUGUUGGAUCCAGAAAAAAGGAAUUACUCCAGAGAAUGAAGCUGAUGUGCGCAAGUUGUCAAAGGAGAGUAAGUUUGAGCUGGCAGUACGCAAAGCAGCCAUUCUGAUGUACUUCAAGCUCAACCCUGAGAGGAAAAAUAAGGUGCCUGUGGCUGAGAUGCUCGGAAAUGUCAGCCAGGUCAAUGCAGUACCAGGUGGCAGUGCAAGCAGGAUUCCAAGCCCUACUUCAGGCCAGACCCAGAAAGUGUUGGAAAACAUGGUCAUCAAUGAGUCCAAACAGUUGGUGGACCUGGAGGACUUUGUUGAAAUGACAAAAAAUUAUGCACAAGGGAUUGUGCCCUCUGUAUCCCAGGAGAGUCGAGCACUUCAGGAGGGUGAUGAGGAGCACGAGUCCGAUGUGGUUCCAUCAGGAUGCAAGAAGUCGCACAAACGUCCUUGGAGUUUUGGUCGAAGUGGGAUGAUGUUGGACUCCAAACAAACUGGGGCCAUGAAAAGAGCCAUGGACAUGAAGUCACGCUUAACGAUGCUGCAGUAUCCGCUGCAUUCCGUUAUGGAUGCCAAGGAAAGUCUGGUCGACUGGGCGUCACGGGCCGGUGUCCAGUGGCUGAGCACAAUCAUCCCAACGCAACACGUCAACGCACUUAUAUUUUUCUUCAUCAUCAGCAACCUGACAGUGGACUUGUUUGCAUUUGUCAUUCCUCUGCUUGUGUUCUACCUCUCCUUCAUUUCCAUGAUCAUCUGCACGCUGCGUGUUUUUAAGAAGAGCAAGACUUGGGAGAACUUCAGUGCCCUGACAUCUUUACUGACACGAUUUGAACCUCGGCUGGACGUGGAGCAGGCAGAGACCAACUUUGGCUGGAACAACCUCGAACCGUAUCUCUACUUUAUCAUCUCUGUCUUCUUUGUCAUUUUCUCUUUUCCUGUAGCCAACAAAGGCUGGAUCCCCUGUUCUGAGCUCUCUACUGUGGCCAUCUUCUUCACUGCCGUCAGCUACAUGAGUCUCAGCCCCACUGCUGCGAUGUAUGCUCGCCAAGCAUUAGUCAUAGAGGUGGCAUCAUCUCUGUGUUGCCUGACUCAGUUACUACCACAGAGCAUGACAGUGCUUCGUUAUCUUGGACACACCUUUGCCACAGUGCCUUUAGGGGAUUCAGUGGUGCUGAAGCUGAGUCUCCCCUGCCUGCUGUAUGUCUACCUGUUCUACCUGUUCUUCAGCAUGGCAAAGAUGCGUGGUUUCCGGGGGACUUACUGCUUCUUCGUUCCGUACCUCGUGUGCUUUAUGUGGUGGGAGUUCUCUGUUGUCCUCCUCCGGAGUUCCUCUCCUAUUGGUCUAAUCCGCACCUGUGUGGCCUACUUUCUUUUCCUGUUUGCGUUGCCUGUUCUGGCAUUUGGCCUCGCCACCCUGCUAGUCAUCCAACUCUUCAAGUGGUUCCUUGAGCUGGAACUGACAAAGAUGAUUGUGACACUGGUAAUAUGUGCCAUCCCUGUCACACUGCGCCUCUGGACGCGCUUUAGUAUGUCUAUUCUGGAUGUGUUCCGCUCACUGACCCACCGUGGCCCUGUCAAACUCAUUUUACUCUGUAUCUUCAUGGUAACUUUUAUUUUCUCUAUCUAUGUGUACCAUGCUGAGGGAGAGAAGGUGUAUAAUUCCACAAUGACUUGGAAUCAGUACAGUCAGGCAUGUGGACCCCCCGCCUGGGAAACCAAAGGCAUGGCCCAGACACAGAUCUUCUGUAGCCACCUCCAGGGACACAGAGUCACUUGGACAGGACGUUUCAAACAUGUCCGUGUGGCCGAGACAGAGAAUGGGCCACAUUCGGUCAUUAACCUGUUGCCAGUGUUCAUAGGAGACUGGUUGCGCUGUCUGUAUGGAGAGACAUAUCCCAAAUGUGAGCCAAAGAAUGCUACGGCCACAAAUCAUGUUAACCAUACGGAUUUUAUGCAUUUGGCGGAAGGUUCUGCCGGUUCGGCUACUGUUUCAUUGCCCAUGGUGCUGCGGAUGCAAGAAGAAGAGGAGCUGUGUCAGAUCAAGGCCAUGGCCAAACACAUGUGCCAUGUCAAGCGCUUUGAUAGCUACAGAUUUGAGGUGACAGUAGGCAUGAUCAGAGGUGAGGGGGCAGAUGACCCAGCCAGGGAUGUAAUCCUAAUUGCCAGCAAUGAGUUCAGACAGGUUCUGUUUAGUCUGAAACCUGGAAAUAUGGUGGAGUUCAGCACCAAGCUGGAUGGCCGUCUAGGAUCCAAAGGUCCGGCCUUUGAAAUGAAGGCUAUCAAUUGUCUGGACUGUGUUUCUUCACUGGUGAAUGGAGGCCGGCAGGUGAAGUUAGAGAGAAAUUGGAGGCGCACAACAAUGAGAGCCAUGAAGUUUGCAUUUGAUUUCUUCUUUUCCCCGUUCCUCUCUGCAAAAAUCACUGCUUAAGACUUAAAUACCACUGCACAGUGAAGCUGCAGUGGUAUUCACUUGCUUGAAGUAGUUUUCUUGUGAUGUGACCAUCAAUGUCACUCAUGUGCCUCCUUGCGUCAUGCGUAUGAUGAAGUAUUGUUUACAAAUUGUUCAUUUUGAAACGGUGGAAUCUUACUUUCUGUGUGUGCUUGAAUUUACAUGUUUUACUAUCUCAGUUCAUGUACCUUUUUAAAGUGGUUCAAGAAUGUUCUAUUGCCAGCAUUGAGUUUGGCCCUUGUUUGUAGCCCUUGUUACAAGGAACUAAAUGUUGGGUGUUAACUGGAGUUUGUGUUUCUCAAAAUUGAUCUGUUUUGAGGCAGCGUUGCUGCUGAUUUAUAAUGAGGAAUUUCUUACACGUACCGUACAGUUAAUAUGUUUGCAUGUACACAAUGUAUUUACAUUUAUGUGUACACUUUAAAUAUAUAUGUUUACCCAUAUUUUCAUAUGGGUUCCAUAUUAUUGGUUGCUAAUACCGUUUCUAGUGGUCUUAAAGCGGAUGUUUUUGUUCCGUGAGCUUUAGAGCACAUAAGAUAGCAAUUGGAAAGCCAACUGAUUCAUGUAUCUGUUGUUGUUAGCCCUGGUGGUUGCUAGUGGUACCAUUGCCAGUGUGUGCAGUUUAGGUUAAUGGCUAUCACUGCACACUCAGGCCAAAAUGCAAUGUCAGUGAUGUCAUGACCAAUGACAGGUUUUACUAUUCAUGAAGUUGAUCAAACUGUGCAUCACUUUAUUUUUGCUGCUUAAGAAGGGGGCUACUCAGAGACCUGUGAACAUAUAUUUCAGUUUUUUUUUAACUUUGCUUUUUGUCACCAUCCAGUGGCAGGUCCCCUACUUCAGCAACAUACUGUAUGUGGUUUUUAUUUUGAAAAGUGCAUCAACCCAUGCACAUUAUAUGCACGCUGCAAAAGAUGAGCCUGUAUACUGUCAUUACAAUUCAUUAAAGUGCCUGACUUGAAACCAAAUCUCUCGAUGUACCAUUCACUAGA